AUGUCCCUAAGUGACGAGCUGGAGAGCCACUUCUCUGCCACCCCCUACAUGGUAACAGACACAAGUGAGGACAGCGUGUUCAGAAUCAGGCCCAACGUCUCCACCAAUGGCACCGGGGACGGCGCACUGGCCGGUUCCACGGAGGACAUGAUUGCCAUCUGCACCAUCGGGGCCAUCCUGUCCCUCAUGUGCGUGGUCGGGGUCACGGGCAACGUCUACACCCUGCUGGUGAUGUGCCACUACCUGCGGUCCUCAGCCUCCAUGUACAUUUACAUCAUCAACCUGGCCCUGGCCGACCUGCUCUACCUCCUCACCAUCCCCUUCAUCGUCGGCACCUACUUCAUUCAGAAGUGGUACUUUGGAGACGUUGGCUGUCGCAUCCUGUUCAGCCUGGACUUCCUCACCAUGCACGCCAGCAUCUUCACCCUCACAGUCAUGAGCACGGAGCGCUACUUUGCCGUGCUGAAGCCCCUGGACACGGUGAAGAGGUCCAAGAGCUACCGCAAGGCCAUUGCUGUGGUCAUCUGGCUGGUGUCACUGCUGCUCACCCUCCCCAUGCUCAUCAUGAUCCAGCUGGUGCAAAGGGACAACAAAAGCAUCUGCCUGCCCACCUGGAGCAAGCUGUCCUACAAAGUCUAUCUCACCAUCCUUUUUGGCACCAGCAUCGUGGGCCCGGGGGUGGUCAUUGGCUACCUUUACAUCCGCCUGGCCAAGAUCUACUGGGUGUCGCAGACGGCGUCCUUCAAGCAGACCAAGCGGCUGCCCAACCAGAAGGUGCUCUAUUUAAUCUUUACCAUAGUGCUGGUCUUCUGGGCUUGCUUCUUGCCUUUCUGGAUAUGGCAGCUCCUCUUCCAGUAUUAUGAAUCCUUCCCUUUAUCUCCCAAGGUGAUGAAGAACAUCAAUUACUUGACAACAUGCCUGACCUACAGCAACAGCUGCAUCAACCCCUUCCUCUACACCCUGCUCACCAAAAACUACCGGGAGUACCUGAAGAACAGGCAGCGGUCCCUCAGCAGCAGCAGUGGGUACUUCCAGAGGAGGAAUCGUUUUCAGAGGAUUUCAGGGAGAUCCCUGUCCACGAGCAGCCAGCACUGCACAGAGACUUACAUCCUUGCUCACGCUCCGCUGGGAAACAGCAGUGCCUGA